CUUCUUAAAUGUGAAUCUCUUGUGCUUUGUUUUAAAGUGAAGGAUUUGAGUUUGUGUAGAACGUCACGUAAAAAUCAAAUGAAAGGAAAAUAGGUGUGAGCUAUGUAUUGAUUUUGGGUUUAGUCAUGAUUAUUGAUCAGAAGUGAAUGUUUUUGUUUUAAAUAUUAAUUUAAAUGAACAGAACAGAUUUAAAAUGUACGACUUUUAUUUUGAAGUUUUUGCUCAUUUGAAAUAUUAGUAGAGAGUGUGAGAACAAAGCUGUAUGUGUUUGUGUGAGAUUAGAGAGAGUGUGUGUGUGUGUGUGUGUAAGUGUGUAAGUGGGCGGAGUCUAAGCGGCUCAAUGACCCACAGCAGGAAGUUGAAGUUAAGCAGGUUUAAGGUGAACUGGAACCAACGCUGCUGCUACACUGUGUGUGUGUGUGUGUGUGUGUUUGGUAAUGUGUGAUGAGUGACGAGGACGUGGAGCUGCAGAGCUGGGGCUGGACUGAUCUCUCCAGUUACUACUCGUCUCUGUUGGACUCAGAGACGGAGCAGCAGCUCGUCUCCGUCCCUCAGACCAGGAUCAUGUCCAGAGUCAGUCUACGGCUCGAUGACGGCCUGUUGGACCGCAGUCUGCCGCACAGCAGCGCCUCCUUCAGUGUGGGAGGAGCCAGCUGGAAGACCAGUAGGUCUCUGAAGUCUCGUCGUUCGCACCAUCUGUCCGUCUCCUGCUCAGAGUCGCUCCUCGUCCCGUCUCCUCUUCCUCCUCGUCAGCGUUCUUCUCAUGUUCUCCACAACACCGGCGUUCCCAGCGUGGCGUCGGACGCGUCGCUGCUGUCGUCGCUGCUCGAUGAGUCGUCGGUUCAGGACGUGACGCUGGUCGACGCCAUGUGGGGUAAAAACUGUGACUCAGCAUUUAUCGUCAGCGAGACUUCAGACUCACGCUGGUCUUCAUCCACAGGUUUAGACCACGACCUCCACCCUAAAGAAAGCACCAUCUUGGCAAACAGCACUCUGAUUGGUUCAGACAUGCAUGCCGUCCCAAACCCAAUACAGACACUGAACAGGGUUUACUGCACAGACUGUGAGCUGGAGCCCGUCCCCAAACACGCCCCCGCUUCCUCCGCCUCCAAACACGCCUCUGCCGCACUGACCGGGACAGGAAGCUGCGAUCGUGGCGAGUCGGAAGUGCCGGUCAUCUACCAUCGAGAACAGAGCCGCAGGCCAAAGAUAGGUGCGAUGGUGUCCGUGUGGGAGGCGGGUGUGGGCGUGAGCAGGUGGGCGGCAGCUUGUUUCAUGUCGCUGCUUGCUCUGAUUCACGUGCAGAUGCAGAAGCGCCACCAUGUGACAGAUGUGCUGCAGCUGUGUGCGAGGAGAGUGCUGACACACACCUGGCAGGUGUGUCUGCGAUUCACCUCCGACCGUCGAGGAGGUAACGACUGGGCUGGACCUGCUCACUGUGGAACCAUGAAGCCUCAGAAGUGUCAUGCCGGCGCAUCUCUGUGGAGGACUCUCUGUGAGGCUUUCAGGUGUUUUGGAAGACGAUGGUGUCAAAUUACGGCCCCUGACUCUGCCCCUCUCCUGCCUCGACUCUUCGUUGUCCUCCUGCUGCUCCUCCUCCUCCUCAGCCUGUAUUGGUUCAGUCCGGUCGGCCUUCAGUCGCUCCUCGCCGUACUGAACGUCACAAGGACGCAGACCUCACAGAGCCCGUCAGCAGAGGGCGCCGUGGAGGAGCCGCCGCUCCACAGUCGACCCAUGCCAUCAGGAGAGGACGAUCCGGAGCGGCUCGUUGGACUGGAGCAGAGUCUGGCGUCUCUGUGGGAGCAUUUUGAGACCAGAGGACAGUGGGCGGAGCAGAGACACGGCGAGGUUCUGCGGCUGUUUGCUGACCUCCAGCGGCAGGUGUCCGUCGCUCAGAGCGGCGAGGAGGAGGAUCUGAGGGCGUGGAUCAGCAGCGUCAGGAGGAGCCUGGAUGAGGAGCGUCAGGUCGAGCAUCAGAAGGCGACGUCUCGUCUGGACAGACUGGAGCAGCAGCUGCUUACGCUCGCGGCUCAAACUGAGGAGCUUCAGAGACGAGAGGCUGUGACGUCAUCGCCUCCUGACGGCAGCAUUGAUGCGGACCAUCCGUCCAACAAUGCUUUGCUUGUGGAGGUCGAGAGGUUGGAGGCGGCUCUGAAGGAAAUGAGGCACAACGUCGACGGUCUGACAGCGUUUAAGGACGACUGUCUGCAAUUUAACGCAAUCCAGCAAACGAUUUCAGCUCGGGUUCAUGACGAGGUCCGUACUCUCAUCUAUGGGAACCAGCUGGCGGCGGUGGGCAUGGCGGACGCUAAACCUCUGCCAGAGUCCCUCCUCCAGUGGCUGUCGCAGCGCUACGUCAGCAGUGCUGACCUGCAGGUGGCGCUGUCCUCUGUGGAGCUCAGCGUCCUGCAGAACAUGGACCUGCGGCUGGAGCAGCGCCGCGGUGAGGAGGCGGUGGCCGGGACCGACCUUCGAACUGCCACUGCCAUAACCAAGGAGGACGUCCACGCGAUCGUGACGAGCGCUCUGCGACGAUUCUCUCAGGACCAGACGGGCCUCGCCGACUACGCUCUGGAGUCCGGAGGGGGCAGCAUCCUGAGCACUCGUUGUUCUGAGACGUACGAGACCAAGGCAGCACUGCUGAGUCUGUUUGGAGUUCCUCUCUGGUAUUUCUCUCAGUCUCCUCGAGCUGUAAUCCAGCCGGACAUUCAACCAGGAAACUGCUGGGCGUUCCAGGGUUCCUCAGGGUUUCUGGUGAUCCGUCUCUCCAUGAGGAUCGUCCCCACUGCCUUCUCUCUGGACCACAUCCCCAAAGUCCUGGCACCGAGCGGAACACUGCGCAGCGCGCCGCGAGACUUCAGCGUUUACGGUCUGGAUGAUGAGCGUCAGGAGAGCGGGAAACUGCUCGGAGUUUACACAUACGAUCCAGACGGAGACGCUCUGCAGACGUACGCCACCACCGAGGAAAAUCAUCAAAGCUUCCAGAUCAUCGAGGUGCGGGUUUUGUCCAACUGGGGACACGAGGACUACACCUGCAUGUAUCGGUUCAGAGUUCACGGGACGCCUGAGGGACGCCUGAGUGACUAACGUUCCUGAGAAACUAUAAAAAACGGCUUCAUUGAUCAAAGUGUGGACAAAUGCACGGUGACUCCGCCCCUUUCUACACCACAUAAUCACAUUAUUUCCCAUGGAAAGAAAUUUGUGUAAAAUUGUGUGUUAAUCUUUUAAUGUGUGUUGUUUUGAGAUGUUUUUCUGUGACAUCGUCACGCUGCGGUUGCUUUAAAGGACAAGUUCGCGUUUUCUCUGACGACUCGCGUUUAACGGUCGUUGCUCGAGUCCUUGAACACAGCAGCAGGUUUUAAAAUGGCUGCUGUCGACGAUAAUGUGACAAAA